AUGGAGGAUCAACAGUCGUUUUUCAACUUUCUGAGAAUGGCGCCCGAGAUGUUCGACGAAAUAUUGAAUAGAGUAGGUCCCAGAAUUCAAAGGAGAGAUACCCGGCUUAGAAAAGCAUUGGAACCAGGCCUGAAGCUCGCUGUCACUAUACGACACUUAUCUUUUGGGGAUAAAUAUCCAACUCUACAAUACGACUUUAGAGUUGCCCGAAAUACAAUUUCUAUGUUUGUUCCCGAAGUCUGCCAAGCCAUUGUAGACGAAUAUAAAGUCGAAGCAAUUUCUUGUCCCACCACACAGCGCGAAUGGCGUGAUAUUGCUGAAGAGUUCCAGCGAAAAUGGAAUGUUCCACAUGCCUGUGGUGCUCUCGAUGGCAAACAUAUAGCCAUUAGAUGUCCUUCAAAUACAGGAUCACUCUUUAAUAAUUACAAGGGAUUUUUCUCAGUGUUUCUCCUUGCAUUAGUUGACGCGGAUUACAAGUUUUUGUGGAUUGACAUUGGUGGCUGUGGAUCAAUGUCUGAUGCUCAGAUCUACAACAAUUCUGAACUUAAAGAGUGCUUGGAAGAAGAAACGAUUGGCUUUCCAGACCCGGAUCCAAUGCCGAACGAUGACAAAAAUGUGCCAUAUUUCAUUCUUGGAGAUGACGCUUUUGGUUUGAGAACAUAUCUGAUGAAGCCUUAUUCUCAACGAGGCUGA